AUGGCGGCGCUAGGCAUUGCGUCAGAAGUGCCGGUGAAAGUGAAGAGUCCAGCCCGGUGGUCAGCUUAUCCUAUGGGGGAGGAGUGGCAGAAGCCUGACAACGGAGAGCUCGAACGUUCCAACGACGAACCGGUGGAAGAACAGGUACCUUGGCUGGUAUGUGACAUGGCCCGUGGAUGUGGUGUAGGCUCGGGAGGGCAGCAAGGGGACAACGCAUCAAGCCCUCCUGCACGUCCAUGGCGUGGCACGGCGCAAAGACGUAUGGGUGCAUGGGGCGACGACGGCUGGUUGUUGCUGGUGUUCGAGAAGGAAAAUGGGUUCCGCGGCUGGAUGUAG